AUGGGCUACUCUAUGUCGCGGUCAGAGGGAGAAGUGAAGGAAAGAAGCGAUGCUAUCGACAUGCAGCUGCAGAAGGACGCUCAACAGUUCAGGCGCGAAUGUCCUGGCGACUCAGGAAAAUCAACAGUCGUGAAGCAAAUGCGCAUUAAUCAUGACAACGGCUUCUCCGAUUCUGAGCUGGCGAUGUAUGCACCCAUCGUGUACCGAAACCUGGUCGACUCUGCUCAAGCGAUUAUCAUUAUGAUGAGGAAGCUCACACUCGACUGCGAAACCCCUUCGAAUAGGGCUUUGGCGGACAAGAUCGCCAACUACGAACUCGACAAGAGCAAUGCAUCCGUUCUCAGUCCUGAAAUUGCUGAAGCGAUACAUCAUUUCUGGCAGGACCCUGUGGUUGCCAAGAUUAUGGAUGAGCAUGGAAGUGAAUUCUAUCUAAUGGAUAGCGCGUUCUACUUUUUUUCUGAAGUGCUUAGAAUCGGUUCUCCACAAUACAUUCCCAGCGAAACGGACGUGCUGAAGGCACGACAGAGGACCACUGCCAUUUCCGAGACCCGCUUUACGAUGGGCCAAUUAUCAAUUCACAUGUUAGAUGUUGGUGGGCAACGAUCUGGACAUCGAAAGUGGAUCCACUGCUUCGAAUCCGUCACUAGCAUAAUUUUUUGUGCCGCAUUGAGCGAGUACGACCAGGCCGAUUUUGAAGUCGUGGGCACAAGUCGAAUGAGUGAAACCCUCAUUCUCUUCGAAUCCAUCGUCAACGCGCGCUGGUUUCUUCGAACGUCAAUCAUCCUCUUCCUGAACAAGAUAGAUGUCUUCAAGCAAAAAUUGCCAAAGGUGCCGUUGGAGAGAUAUUUUCCCGAGUACACUGGGGGAAACGAUGUCAACAAGGCAACGAAGUUUAUUCUAUGGAGGUUUAUGCAAGCAAAUAGGGCCAGGCUUAGUGUCUUUCCCCAUCUCACUCAAGCGACCGAUACGUCAAACACCAGACUGGUGUUUGGACUGGUAUUUAGCGCUGUAAAGGAAACGAUUUUGCAGAACGCGUUGAAAGAUGCGAAUAUCAUCAAAACUCAAGUUCUGUGA